AUGCUCAUUGACGAACCAGAAGGCGCCGCUCGACAGCGCUAUAGACCACUGGAUUCUCUGAGAGAAAAAGAUCCAAAACAACAAAAGAUAAAAAAAAGCAAAACGGACAGGAUCUUCUCCAAGCUAGUGACGCAUGAUGGCCAUCGUGUUGUCGUCACGCACAGUCCAUUCCGGGUCGAUUUCUACUCAAAGGACGUACUGGUAUGCUCCAUCAACUCUGGUGGACUUCUAAUGGUGGAACCGUUCAAGAAGAAGGCGCUCUUGUCAGAUCGCGAAAAGGGAUAUUGGGAGGAGGUCUUCGGGGAGCAUAAAGACAGCAAACCUUAUGGUUCAUCAUCAGUUGGUAUUGACAUCGCUCUAAUUGGAAUGAAAUUCGUCUAUGGUUUGCCUGAGCAUGCGGAGUCGUAUGCGUUACGUGAUACAAAGAACUAUGAACCGUAUCGACUGUACAACCUUGAUGUAUUUGAAUAUGAUUUGAACAGUCCAAUGGCUCUCUAUGGAUCUGUGCCCUACAUGGUUCGUUCAAUGCAUCGUUUUCGAACGUUCAGAUAG